UCCACUCUCACUGAGCCUAUCUGUAAAGGGAGGAGAGGACCCAGAGGCCCAGCAAUAAUCCAAGUGCAAAUCCAAGGGCUACAGCUAUUGGCAGCAGUCUAGCCGGGUUCCCGGGUUCCCGGGUUCCCGGAGCUUGCAUCUUCAGGACUGCUCAACCUAGGUGUCCUGAAGACCUGCGGUGGCCCCCUCCCCCGCGCGCGGGAGGGAAGUCCGGACGAGGUUGGCCCUCCUCUCUCGGGUGUCUGGGCGUGGGCCCCGCCGCAGCUCCGCGGAGCCUCCGUGUCUCCUGCAAAGGGGGGCGGGGGAGCCCUGAGCUGCGGCUUCCUCCCGCGCGGAGUCUCCUGCGCACCGCCGAGCCGGACGCCAGCGCCAGCCCGGUCCCCACGCCGCGGCGCGCCCGGCCUUCCCGCCGCCCCCAGAACAAUCAACCAUGACGACCGAAUCGGGAUCAGACUCAGAAUCCAAGCCAGACCAGGAGGCUGAGCCCCAGGAGGCAGCAGGGCCUCAAGAGCACGCAGGGGCACAGCCCAGACCAGAGCCUGCCAGUGGAAACGGCGAGGAGCAGCCAGCGCUAGAGCAGUUUCCUGAAGCUGCUGCACACAGCACCCCGGUGAAGAGGGAGGCCAGUGACAAGGACCGCGACUUUGCUGCCACAGCUGCGAAACAACUUGAGUAUCAGCAGUUUGAAGACGAUAAACUCUCCCAGAAAUCAUCCAGCAGCAAACUCUCGCGGUCCCCACUGAAGAUCGUGAAAAGGCCUAAAAGCAUGCAGUGCAAAGUGACACUCCUGGAUGGAUCAGAGUACGGCUGUGAUGUGGACAAGCGCUCCCGAGGACAAGUGCUGUUUGACAAAGUGUGCGAGCAUCUGAACCUGCUGGAAAAAGAUUACUUUGGUCUCACAUACCGAGACGCUGAGAAUCAGAAGAAUUGGUUGGACCCCGCUAAGGAAAUUAAAAAACAGAUUCGAAGUGGUGCUUGGCAUUUCUCAUUUAAUGUGAAAUUUUACCCACCAGACCCUGCCCAGCUAUCUGAAGAUAUCACCAGGUACUACCUCUGCUUGCAGCUGCGAGAUGAUAUUGUGUCUGGAAGGCUGCCCUGUUCGUUUGUGACUCUUGCCCUGCUGGGCUCCUACACCGUGCAGUCGGAGCUUGGAGACUACGACCCGGAUGAGUGCGGGAGCGACUACAUCAGCGAGUUCCGCUUUGCCCCAAACCACACGAAAGAACUGGAAGACAAGGUGGUUGAGCUGCACAAGAGUCACAGAGGGAUGACGCCAGCUGAAGCAGAGAUGCAUUUCUUGGAAAACGCCAAAAAACUCUCCAUGUAUGGGGUAGAUUUACAUCAUGCCAAGGAUUCGGAAGGAGUAGAAAUUAUGUUAGGAGUCUGUGCGAGUGGCCUAUUGAUAUAUCGUGACCGGCUUCGAAUAAACAGAUUUGCUUGGCCCAAGGUCCUAAAAAUUUCUUACAAGCGGAACAACUUUUACAUUAAAAUCCGGCCAGGAGAGUUUGAGCAAUUUGAAAGCACCAUUGGCUUCAAGCUGCCGAACCAUCGAGCUGCCAAGCGCCUUUGGAAAGUGUGUGUGGAGCACCACACAUUUUUCAGACUAUUGCUACCAGAAGCCCCUCCAAAGAAAUUCCUGACCCUGGGCUCCAAGUUCCGUUACAGCGGCAGAACGCAGGCGCAAACGAGAAGAGCCAGCGCUCUGAUAGACCGCCCAGCACCCUACUUCGAACGCUCCUCCAGCAAACGAUACACCAUGUCUCGCAGCUUGGAUGGAGCCUCAGUGAAUGAAAACCAUGAAAUAUACAUGAAGGAUUCUAUGUCUGCUGCAGAGGUUGGCACAGGCCAGUACGCCACAACAAAGGGCAUCUCUCAGACCAACUUGAUCACCACUGUGACUCCAGAGAAAAAGGCUGAAGAGGAGCAUGUGGAGGAAGAGGACAGAAGGAAGAAGGUCGAGGAUGCCACACCCGUCACAGCCCUCCGGCACGAGGGAAAGUCACCUGGGCAUGGCUCUGACUCAUGUCCCUCGUCACCCCCAUCAGCCCAUCUUGACCCCACAUCUCCCACAGAGCUCCGCAGGAGGUGUAAGGAGAAGGAAGGCACCUCUACCGGUUCCGUGCUGCCUAUGGCUGAGCUAGCCCUGGAGUCCGAUGGCCAGGAAAAGGCUUACGUAGGGGACCAAGACGUAGCAUUUAGUUACAGGCAGCAGACUGGCAAAGGAGCCACGCUGUUUUCCUUCUCCUUGCAGCUCCCCGGGUCAUUCCCCUCACUCCUAGAUGAGGAUGGGUACCUCUCUUUCCCCAACCUGUCUGAAACCAACCUUCUGCCCCAGAGCUGGCAGCACUUCCUGCCCAUCCGCUCGCCCUCCCUCCUGCCCUGCUUCCUCUUCAUCUUCUUCUUCCUGCUCUCCGCCUCCUUCUCAGUGCCAUACGCCCUCACUCUCUCCUUCCCUCUGGCUCUCUGCCUCUGCUACCUGGAGCCCAAGGCGGCCUCCUUGAGCGCCUCCCUAGACAAUGACCCGAGUGACAGUUCAGAAGAAGAGACUGACAGCGAACGGACAGACACUGCGGCUGACGGAGAAACCAGUGCCACUGAGUCGGACCAGGAGGAAGACGCAGAGCUCAAGGCGCAGGAGCUAGAUAAAACUCAAGAUGAACUGAUGAAGCACCAAACCAACAUUAGCGAGCUGAAAAGAACCUUCCUGGAAACGUCUACAGAAACCGCCUUAACCAACGAGUGGGAAAAGAGGCUUUCCACGUCCCCCGUGCGCCUGGCUGCCAGGCAGGAGGAUGCCCCCAUGAUUGAGCCGCUGGUACCUGAGGAGACCAAAGAAGAGAGAGCGAUUUCUGAGAAAGUUAUAUUUUUACAGCAAGGAAGCUCGCCAUUCCUUGAGUCUCAGACUAAGCAGUCUUCCGGGGACAAGCUCACAGAUGGCUCGGAGAUCCUCAGUCUGUUAGAGUCUGCGCGAAAGCCCACAGAGUUCAUAGGAGGGGUUUCGUCUACCACCCAGAGCUGGGUGCAGAAACUGGAGACGAAGACAGAGUCCAUUGAGACAGAGGGGGACUCGGUCCCACACCCCCAGCCCCUCAGUGCCGAGAAGGUGCUUCAGGAAACCUUGUCCGUGUCGGUGGAGGAGAGGCACGUGAUGAGCGUGCACGCCAGCGGGGAUGCUUCGCACACAGCCGGGGAUGAAGUGGCCGCCUCGGCAGAGUCCACAGCAGCGGAUCCUCACGGUAUGAAAGGGAAGGAGGUGACAGAAGCAGCUAAGGAAGAGAGAGGAGAGGAGGCGGAGAAGCCUGUCCCCGAGCAGGAGCAGCCAGCCACUGUCUCCCAGGAGGAGGAGCAGGUGUCUGCUGUGCACCCUUCCGAGGCUUUGGAACAGAAAGCUCAUUUUGAGUCCUCCACUGUGAAGAUGGAAAGCGUGAGCGUGGGCAGUGUUUCUCCAGGAGGAGUAAAACUAGAAACCUCUACCAAGGAAGUGCCAGUAGUUCACACAGAAACAAAAACCAUCACCUAUGAGUCGUCACAGGUCGAUCCUGGGGCCGAUCUGGAGCCAGGCCUGCUAAUGAGCGCACAGACGAUCACAUCUGAAACCACCAGUACCACGACCACCACACACAUCACCAAAACUGUGAAAGGAGGCAUUUCAGAGACGAGGAUCGAGAAGCGAAUAGUCAUCACGGGAGAUGCUGACAUUGACCACGACCAGGCGCUGGCUCAGGCAAUUAAAGAGGCCAAAGAGCAGCACCCCGACAUGUCAGUGACCAAAGUAGUGGUCCAUAAAGAGACAGAAAUCACACCAGAAGAUGGAGAGGAUUGACCAGAGGAAUAACUUAGCUUGCACAUGAACCCAGUCAUAUAAACUGUUAGGAAAACCGGAGCCGAUGCCGAGUUCGUUCUUCUAACCCAACUGACUUAUAUCUGUCUGUGGAAAAUUCCAAUCCAGAAGAGCCGACCUUUACCAUUAAAGACACUGGCAGAGAGAUCUUCCCAUAAUAAAGAAAUCCGAAUCAGCAUCACUAAACUGAUACUGCAUGAAGCGAUGAUAAAAACCACAAAAGAGCCGCACUUUUAAUUUCACCAAAAUACCUGUUUUCAAUUCUACCUGCACGUUCAUAACCAACAGUGUAUACCGUGAUCUCAUGUAACACAUCCACAGCUCAUGCCUUCCAUAGUUUAUUAUUAAAGUCUCAACAGAAUCCCAGUUUCAUAGGUGACAAAUUCUCUGUUUACAAAUAAAUGUCAGUUGCCCUAAAAUGCUACCCGCCGUCUAGGUCCGGUGUGUCAGAUCUACCCCAGAUUAGAUGUGCCAAUAACCAACGUUAUUUAGUAAACAACUUGAAUCUUAUCCUCGUCUAAUCUGGUUUUAUUAUUUUCACCCCUAAGCAGUUAAUGUCUCUCUGACCCUUAGAAAUAUUUAAUGCUUACAGUCUUGCUUUGUGUCUCUGAUUGUAAGGUAGCAUUGAUUUUAGCACACUGAUGUAAGUUCUUCCUGGUCGCUUGCACUGGUCAGUGUUCAGUCCAAAAAGAUUCCCAGAAUUACCUAAGGAAACCCUCAAUAUGUAAAUUAUCAUUGUUGGGGAAGAAAAAUCUGUAUUUUUGUUAGUUUACAAUAUUAUGAAAAUUCACUCCAGGGAGACCUGCCGGGCUACUUUUGCUUUGUGUUUUUGUUGGGGUUUUUUUGUUUUGUUUUGUUUUGUUUUGUUUUUUGUUUUUCUCUUUACUUGUAUUUUUUUUCAUUGAUUUUUUUUUCUUCUUUUACUUGAACAAAAAGGUGUUUUAUUUACAAAUCUGGUUCAUAUUUACAAUCUAGUUCAGAGCUAAGCCUUAAAUUGUACAGAAUUUCCACUGUAAUUAAAAUAUUUAGUGUUUAGUUAUAAAUAGCCUCCAGAAAGAUAUAUUCUCCAUUACACUGUCAACUGCAUCACACCCCGCCGGGAAUGAUAUUACUGCAUCGCAAAAUAAAAAUGGCAAAUGCAUUGAAA